CAGGCUAGGUGGCCGUUGCACGGUUGGGCGACUGGGCUCCUCCCCGGGCCCGCCCUGGUAGGCUCGUCUUGUGACUCUGGCGGCCACUUUUCCUCUCUCGCCGCCUGGACCUUCGUAGGCCGCGAUGCGUGCCCUCGCCACCGCGAUCCUGCUGCUGGCGCUCAACGCCGCGUCGAUAGCCGAGCCGGUGGGGUUCCGGGACUGUGGGUCUGUGGUGGGAACUGUACAGGAGGUGGAUGUAAGCCCAUGCCCCAACCAGCCAUGCCAGCUGAUCAAAGGACAGUCUUACAGUGUGAAUGUCACCUUCACCAGCAAGACCAGCUCCAAUAACAGCACAGCCGUGGUGCAUGGCAUUGUGCUGGGCGUCCCCCUGCCCUUUGCCAUCCCUGUGUCCGACGGCUGCAAGAGCGGCAUCAGCUGCCCCAUCCAAAAAGGAAAGUGCUACAACUACCUGAAUAAACUCCCGGUGAAGAGUGAAUACCCCUCCAUAAAGCUGGUGGUGAAGUGGGAGCUUGUGGAUGACAAGAAGCAGUCUAUCUUCUGCUGGGAAAUCCCACUGGAGAUCACGUCCUAGAGACCCGGGUGCCAACUGUCUGUCUGGGCCUGCGAGGGCACCGAUGGGAGAGGAGGAGGGGAGUGCAAGUGAAGUCGAAUUUAACACGAAAUUGGUGCCAGAAGAUGAAAGAGAGUUCCAGACUGCUAUUUUACGCCUCUCAGCCUCCCACACCAUCUAAGAGCUCAGAAUGAUUGCCCUUUUGUGAAACUGUUUGGAGGAAAGACAAGAGAUGAGACUGUCGGACCAAGGGAUUGGUUAGUUGUCUCCACUGCGUUUUGCAGGGAGGGUGCAACCAGGUCAAACCUGAGGAGAUUGCUUGGGCCUCUCGGAUAACUUGCUCUCAGGCUGGUGACUCUGACUUGUAGGACAGCUCCCAAACCACAUCUGUCCAGCUGAGAUAGCGCUUCUGCACAUUCUCCAAGUGCCUCCAUCAGUUCUUUGCAUCUGGCCAAAUCAGCAGUCGAGCUCCAUCGUUUGCCCAGGUGUGACCUGCCCUCGCUUUCCCUGCAGGGCGCUUUACCACGGGAAGUCAGUGCUGGCUGGCCGAUGCUUGGUGGUGAGCUCCUGUCUCCUUCUCUGGCUUAGAUGACUUUUUGAAAAAUUGAUUAUUUGAUUUUUAUUUUUUUAACAGCAUUAACUUGUGUCUCUUUACACAUCUAGAAAUGUACCUUUGAAUAAAACCUACUUGUCAGUCCUGU